CCAGGCAUUGUGCCCCUCCCCUCUGCCAUGUGGGAACUGCAGUCAGCCUCCUUCUGGAGGGCCAUAUUUGCCGAGUUCUUUGCCACCCUCUUCUACGUCUUCUUCGGGCUGGGGGCCUCGCUGCGUUGGGGCCCUGGACCCCUGCACGUCUUGCAGGUGGCUCUGGCCUUUGGCCUGGCCCUGGCUACGCUAGUGCAGGCGGUGGGCCACAUCAGUGGAGCCCAUGUCAAUCCUGCAGUCACUUUUGCCUUCCUUGUGGGCUCCCAGAUGUCCCUGCUCCGUGCCUUCUCCUAUAUGGCAGCCCAACUCCUGGGAGCUGUGGUGGGGGCUGCCAUGCUGUACAGUGUCACCCCACCUGCUGUCCGAGGAAACCUAGCGCUUAACACGUUGCACCCUGGGGUGAGUGUGGGCCAGGCGACCACGGUGGAGAUCCUCCUGACGCUGCAGUUGGUGCUCUGCAUCCUUGCUACGUACGAUGAGAGGCGGAAUGGCCGCCUGGGCUCCGUGGCCCUGGCCGUUGGCUUCUCCCUCACCCUGGGCCACCUGUCUGGGAUGAAUUAUACUGGUGCAGGCAUGAACCCUGCCCGCUCCUUUGCUCCUGCCAUUCUCACCAGAAACUUCACCAACCAGUGGGUAUACUGGGUGGGCCCCGUCAUCGGAGGGGGCCUGGGCAGUCUCCUCUACGACUUCCUCCUCUUCCCCCGGCCCAAGAGUGUUUCUGAGAGACUGUCUGUGCUCAAGGGUACCAGGCCCAGGGACCCCAAUGCACAACCAGAGGGCACAGGGGAACCUGUUGAACUGAAGACCCAGGCCCUGUAAACGCUCCUGUUGAACAGAGGGAGUAGGAAGCCUCUGAGUUUAUGUGGAGGGGCUAAGCCACCCCUGGAUGAAGAAAGAGCCUGUGGGGAGGGGCUUGUACUUCUUUAUUUUUUAAUUUAUGUGUGAGUUGGGGUUUUUUGCCUUUUGCUGUGUGAAAUCUUUCAAGUUGCAUUCAUGAGCUGGUCUGUGCAAACUUC